UUAUUUUGAAAUUCUCACCGGAUUUCUCUUCUCCAAGCGGCUAAACUUCCGUAACUUAACAUCGCCGCUGUUAGCUGUUAGCCAAAACAGCAGCUUUGGAGCGUCGUCUUUGUUGUUUUUUCUGUUAUUAACGGGUGAUUUUUGCACAUUAACGCCACCGGAGGACGUCUGCUGACGGCGGGUUUCCUCCAGGAUGAUCCCCACCGAGGAUGCGUCCGCCAGGAAGCGGGAGAUCGAGGAGAAGCUGAAGCAGGAGCAGGAGACUCUGUCGUUCAUCAGAGAAAACCUGGAGAAGAGCGACCAGCUGACCAAAGGGAUGGUCUCCAUCUUGUCUUCAUUCGAGAGCCGCCUGAUGCAGCUGGAGAACUCCAUCAUCCCGGUUCACAAGCAGACGGAGAACCUGCAGCGUCUGCAGGAGAACGUGGACAAAACGCUGUCCUGCAUGGACCACGUCAUCAGCUACUACCACGUGGCCAAAGACACCGACCGGAUCAUCAGAGAGGGACCUACAGGCAGGCUGGAUGAGUAUCUCAGCUGCAUUGCAAAGAUCCAGAAAGCUGUGGAGUAUUUCCAGGACAACAACCCCGACAGUCCUGAGCUCAACACCGUGAAAGCUCGCUUUGAAAAAGGCAAAGAGCUGCUGGAGGCGGAGUUUCGCAGCCUGCUGACGCGCUACAGCAAACCCGUCCCUCCCAUCCUCAUCCUGGACGCCAUCAGCGUGGACGAGGAGCUGGAGGUCCAGGAGGAGGUGGUUCUGGAACAUCUGCCCGAAGCCGUCCUGCAGGACAUCAUCUGCAUCGCCGGCUGGCUGGUGGAAUACGGACGGAACCAGGAUUUCAUGAACGUUUACUUCCAGAUCAGGUCCAACCAGCUCGACCGCUCCAUCAAAGGCCUGAAGGAUCACUUCCGUAAGAACAGCGCCUCCUCGGGGAUCCUCUACUCGCCGGCCGUCCAGGCCAAACGCAAGGAAACGCCCACCAAGAAGGCCCCCAAGAGGCCAGUCUACAUCCCAGGGACCAUUCGAAAGGCUCAGAACCUUCUGAAACAGUACUCACAGCAUGGGCUGGAUGGGAAAAAGGGGGGCUCUAACCUCACGCCUUUGGAAGGAAAAGACGACGUCCUGGACAUCGAGAUCGACUCGUACAUCCACUGCAUCUCGGCCUUUGUGAAGCUGGCUCAGAGCGAGUACGCCCUGCUGACCGAGAUCAUCCCCGAGCACCACCAGAAGAAGACCUUCGACUCACUCAUCCAGGAGGCUCUGGACAACCUGAUGCUGGAAGGAGACAACAUCGUCUCUGCAGCUCGCAGGGCCAUCAUGCGCCACGACUACUCGGCCGUCCUCACCAUCUUCCCCAUCCUCCGACACCUGAAGAUGAACAAGUCCGAGUUCGACUCGACGCUGCAGGGAACAGCGGCGAGCACCAAGAACAAGCUGCCGACGCUCAUCACCUCCAUGGAGACGAUCGGAGCCAAAGCUCUGGAGGAGUUUGCAGACAGCAUCAAGAACGAUCCGGAUAAAGAGUACAACAUGCCCAAAGACGGAACCGUCCACGAGCUGACCAGCAACGCCAUCCUGUUCCUGCAGCAGCUGCUGGACUUCCACGAGACGGCCGGAGCCAUGUUGGCCUCACAAGAGACGAGUUCAUCAGCGAGCAGCUACACCUCCGAAUUCAACAAACGCCUCCUCAGUGCCUACAUAUGUAAAGUUUUGGGGAACCUGCAGCUGAACCUGCUCAGUAAAUCCAAAGUGUACGAGGACUCGGCUCUCAGCGCCAUUUUCCUGCACAACAACUACAACUACAUCCUCAAGUCGCUGGAGAAGUCCGAGCUGAUCCAGUUGGUGACGGUGACCCAGAAACGAGCCGAGACGUCGUACAGAGAACUGAUCGAGCAGCAGAUUGACACGUAUCAGCGCAGCUGGCUGAAGGUCACCGAGCACCUGACGGACCGGAACAUGCCGGUGUUUCAACCUGGAACCAAGGUCAGGAGUUAUUAUGUGGCGCAGACGUGUUGA